AUGUCCGUCUCCAAUGUGACUCAGGCAUCAGGUCCUGGCUUGGCUGUGCUCAUGAAGCUUGCUGCAACAUAUUGGCGGCGGCCUCUAGCGACGGCCGUGCGCAAGGCUGCGCAUGCUCUGGCCGAGGAAGGCGAACUGCUCAACGUGUAUGCCGAGCUCAAAGACUUGCAUCAGGCUUUCGAGCGACGUGUUCGCUACCAAGAACGUGCCUUCAAAUCCAUCUGCAAGUGGACUGAACGCAAGAAGGAGGAUCCUCGCAUCCAAAAGUUUCUACAUGACCUUGCUGUUGUUGACGAGGACGCAAGCAAUAUUGAUCGCACCUACAACGAGGAGUUUAAGAUCUUCACGCAAAUUUGGAAGGAGGUUCUAGCUGAGAAGAAAGAACUCAACGCCAAGGUUGAGGCCUUUCGAAAGGCGCAACGAAAUUUGGAUCAGGCCCAAAAGAAAGCCGCACAGCUCGAAGCCAAGCAGGAGCAUGACAAGUUUCAAAAGGCCAAGAAGCAGCUCGAGUCGAUGCAAGAAGGCCACGACGAGAUCAAGCGGGCCAUGGAGGUGAAGUUGCUCGAAGUCCAGCAGGACAAACACAAGCAGCUCCGCGAAGGGCUUGGGGAGGAUCUGUUUGAAUUUGGUGCUUGGGGCGAGCCGUUGGAGGAAUCACCCACAUGGUGCCAGGGCGAUGAGCUGGCAGACAAGCUCCGGCAGGCCGAGGCCAUCCACAGCCGCGAAAUCGAUGCCCUUCAUGCCAAGCACACGGCGGCGCUUGAAGCGUUGCUGCGUGAGCGCGAUGAGAUGGACGCGCAAAAGAACGAGUCCUACUCAGCCGAAGUGGUGUCCAUGAUGAAUCAAAACAAGCGCCUCAACGAACAACUCAAGACACAGCACCAACAAGAACUGCAAUCGGCUGAAGCCAAACGUGUAAAAAUGAAGGACACGUAUGACAAGGAAAUCUCGGCGCUGCAAGGAAAGAUUGAGCAAUUGUCAGCGGAAAUCAAGUCGCGCCACGCCCAGAUCACCGCACAUGCUCAGGAGGCAUUUCGCUUGGAGGAUCACAUUGAAGCUCUCAAGCGUGACACCCUAGAACGGGCACGCACACAUCUAGCUAGUGGCUUGGACCGGGCUGCGAAGGAUUUGCCCGAGCCCUGUAGCGAGGUUUUUGCCGCAUCCCUGGCCGCUGCUCGCCAUGCCCUGGACGUUCUUGCCACCGAGGUCAAGGCCCCACAUCAUGGUUCGUUUGACGACGCAUGCGCCGGCUUUGAACAGACCCUAGUAUCGGCUGUGUACGCUGGCUGGGGCUUGGCGCGCGCGUCCAAGGCAGAGCAAACCUCUGAGCUGCUUGAGGCACUGCAAGAGCUGGUCUCCGGUGCACGGGCACUCGUAGACAGUAUGAAGCUACAGCAGCAGGAGGGGGCGAGCGGAGAAGCGAAGCGGGUUGUUACGCGUCAAAACACCGCCGAGGAUGGCGCGCAACCUGAGCACGCCGCUGCAGCCGCGGAGAAGGGCCCGGACAAGGAUAAGGCCAAGGAAGGCGCAACGGGUGUUGUGAUGAUGGAGGCUGUCUAUGCCCACGAAGCCAAGGAUCAUCAGGGCACCAAGCUCAUUGGGUUUGCCAAAGGUGAACAGAUGGAGCUUCUCAAAUCUCGCAAGGAUGGAUGGUCCAAGGUGCGCAUUCGCGGUCUGGAGGGCUGGGCCCCCACCUCAUACCUAAAGCAAGUGGCGGCUGCAGCACCUGCCCCGGCGCCCACGGCCAAAGUAGCCAUGCCUGCGGCCACUGUGGCAGCUGUUGAGACCCAAGUCACCCUGUUCACCAUAUCUGCCCUCACCACGCCACCACACCAUGUCUCAGUGAAAGAGGUCCAGGCACAACUGCAGCGGGUGGGAACCGUGGCCGACGCCAUUAUUGCGCGGGAUCGCGAAUUGGCUGCUCUGGCCAAUACCUUGGCAUCGGAUGUUGAAUCGAAGCUGUCGGCAGCUGAACAGUCAGUGUUGGACACACUUGGUCACAUUGAGAAGCUUCGAGAGGAAAGCCGCCGCAAUGAUUCUGGCCGACGCCUGGAGGUCAACACCAACUUGCUCGAUUUUGCUGAAAAGAUGGCCAACAAGUUGCGUGAGCUGAUGGUGACUGCCAAGACGGUUCGCAAGGUGUUGGAAGCGACACGCGGCCUCAGCAGCACUGAUGAGUUCAACGCCAAGCACCAGUCUUGGUUUGAGGCGCUUACCAAUGCCGUCGAAGCCAUGUUUGAUGGGUUGCCUCUUCUGUCGGAGGCGCUGCGCAGCGUUGUUCGCAAACAGGGCAAGCAUGAGGAAUUGCAAGUGGGCGCUCGCAACAUCUCAGCCAUGGUGGCACAGUUGGCUGCGCUGACUCGCACCAAGAGCAUGCCGGACAACGACACGUCACAAAGCGAGCUAAACCGGUUGGCCGAGGAGUUCAAGUCAACCGUGCAUGAGCUUCUGGCUGCCGUUCGAGAAUGCCAUGAACUGGAUCUGGCUUCCGUUAUGCUCGAGGACUUUGAUGGUCUGUCUGAGACCGAGGCCAAGCGCCUUGUCAUGUCAACCCAAGUCAAUGUGCUGAAGCUUGAAUCCCAGCUCGAAAAGGAGCAUGAAAAACUGCGCCGCUUGCGCCGCAUGGUGAACUAUGAGGAGCAAUAAAAUCUCGGAUAUCUGGUGCUUGACCGCACUUUGCGCCUCAGUGGCGCAUGCCAUCAAGGCGCAACAUUUUACACUCGCACAUGCCAAUGACAUGUAACAAUGGCCACUGAUUGCGCGUCGCCCUGUUCUCUCCGAUUCUGGCCCAUGCGUCGAGCGUUACUGAGCGCUGAGUGAAGCUUGCGAGUGUUUCGAUGUUGAUAUGUGCCCAAUGCUUACUAAUCCAUGACUGAUGAUGC